GGGAUUUCAUCUGGCGGAACGACUCUUCAUAUCCGCCGCUUCGCCUGUGAGGUCCUUUGGCCACGUGGCUGGAGAGAUUUAGGUUAUGUCGCUUCAAGAUCAAACCAUCCCCAGCGCUAUGAACAAAGGAAGCUCCUUUGCAAAGAGACCCGAAGCGGUUACCCAGAAAUCAGAGAAUUGCAAGAGCUUCAAGGCUAUUUCCAAGUACUUCUCUGAGGAAGAGUGGGCAAAACUUGGAUACUCAGAUAAAGUCACCUAUGUGUACAUGAAAAGAAACUACGACACCAUGAGUGGUCUAGGUCUCAAGACCGCCCUCCCAGCCUUCAUGUGUCCUAAAAAACGGGCCACUAAAUCCACUGGGCAUGAUUCUGCUGAAGGCCAGCACCCUGAGAAUGAGAAUAAACCUCUUCAGGAGGAUUCUGAUGUGCAAAAGAGAAAACUCCUGAAGGUGAUGAACAAGAAACCAAAGGAAGAAAAUGAUUUGGACCCAGCGCCAGUAGCACUUGGCUCUGAGCAGGCUCAGAAACAGCAGAGCCGCCCAGAAGGAGCGAGUACCUCUGGUAAACAGCUUGAGAAGAGACCAGGAUCCAAGAAAGGGAAGAAUAGUUGUGCCUAUAGACUGCGCGAAAGAAAGAACCUAAUAGUAUAUGAAGAGAUCAGUGAUCCCGAGGAAGAUGACAAAUUCUGAUGUUACAAGUGCCCAUGAUAAGAAGCAGAACCUGGUGGCCUUUCAUGAACAUGGGCAUGGCUGUGAAUUCCUAGCCAUCAGGUGUAUAGCAAGUAAAAGAAAGAGUUCACAAUAGUGAAAAGUUAAAUGUGAUUUUUGUUACUGUGUGCCAAAUAUUCUGUUAGAUGUAAGAGUUUUGCUAAUGUGCAA